ACUACUUAAACAGCUUAGUCACAGGAUGUGGAUCGUAAAGCGUGCGGUAGUUUUUGGUUUGGUGGGCAGCAGGGGAAUCAGUAGAGCAAUGUGUGAGCAAGUGGGUGACUGGAAGACAGCCAAAUAUAUCUAUGAGUUUGGCGCCAAGGACAUAGAUGGUGAAGAUGUGUCCCUAGAGAAAUACAGGGGGUUUGUCUGCGUCAUCACCAACGUUGCCUCUAAAUGAGGUAAGACCAGAGUAAACUACACUCAGCUAGAGGGAAUGCACGCCUCCUACGCUGACAAAGGUUUACGCAUCCUGGGCUUCCCCUGCAACCAGUUUGGAGGGCAGGAGCCAGGUACAGAGGUGGAAAUCAAGGAGUUUGUCAAACAAUUUGACGUUCAGUUUGACAUGUUCAGCAAGAUCGAUGUGAAUGGAGACAGCGCUCACCCUCUCUUUAAGUGGAUGAAGGAACAGCCCAAGGGAAAGGGUACUCUGGGAAAUAACAUCAAAUGGAAUUUCACAAAGUUCCUGAUCGACAGAGAAGGGCAGGUGGUGAAGAGAUACGGUCCAAUGGACGACCCCAUUGUGAUCGAGAAGGACCUUCCUAAAUACCUGUGAUGUCUCUGAUUUCUGAGCCCCGGUCCAUCCUGCUGGCUGACCUCUCCUUUGGGAUUGUGGGUAUAAGUGGCUGUGUCCUGGACCAGUGACGGCCUGUCUGUAAACCCGGCCUGCGGAGAGGACAGGCCUGAUGAAACCUAGCGUGCAAAACCCCCAGGAACCACCCACCCAUACCCAGUUAGAACACAGGAGAGGACUCAGUAGCUACAGCAGUUUGUGUAUAUUUAAAACACUUCACUCCCAAGCACAACACCCCAACAAAUGAGACCUAUUGCAUCCCCAUAGCACUGAUAUGAAUGUCCAACUGUUCCUGCUUCCUAUAAAUUGUGGACUUUGUCUGUACCAGUGUUAGUCAUAAAAUACAUAUUUGAAGCUAUUUAUGAUAGAAUAAACUGGCAAAGCUACUGAAACUUUAUGGUCU